AGCACCCCCAAGUGCAAGUAGAUAAAUAGGUACCGCUUUAUAGCGGGAAGGAAACGGCGUUUCCGUGCGCUGCGCUGGUGCUGGCUUGCCAGAUGCAGCUUUGUCACGCUGGCCACGUGACCCGGAAGUGUUCGCGGACAGCGCUGGCUCCUGGCCUCUUAAGUGAGAUGGGCGCACAACCCCAGAGUCGGACACGACUGGCCCGUACAGGCAGGGGUACCUUUACCUUUACCUUUAUUCUAUGUCUUGUGUGAGAGAUAUUCUGACCAAAAGGAAGUGACUGGAGGAGAAAGAGGAGGUGGAGGUGGGAAACAGAGACAUCAUCUGCACUAUGUAUUUAUAGCAGAAUCAUACAGUGGUUUCAUAGUUUGUUAAGGGUGCUGAGGAGAUCAGUAUUCUCCUCACAGGCCUACAUUUCCCAGAGUUCCCUGGGAAAAGGGAUUGACUGUUAAACCACUCUGGGAACUGUAGCUCUGUGAGGGGAAUAGGCCUCUCCUAACAACUCUCAGCACCCUGAACAAAUCAAAUCACUCUUCCCAGCAUCCUUUGGGGAAGCCAUGACUGUUUAAAAUAACGAUGCCGCAAAAGACCUAUGCUGCAAACAGUAAAGGGAUGAGAAGCUGUCUGGAGAUGGUGACUGAAAAGUAUCUGACCAUAAGAAUCCAAAGCCUUUAAUAGGACUAAGUCAAAUGUUGCAAAGUAACAUAUGCGUUUUUGAUUCCUCUGGAGCACUUUUUCAGUCUGGGCACACCUCAAAACAAGCAAAAAUCUGGGCACGAAGGAAACACCUGAAAAAAAGAGUUUUGGAGAACGCAAACACUUCCUAGGAAUGGAGGAGAGUCGUCCCCCCCUCAAAAAAAUCUGCAUUUCUAAUCUAACUGAGCUAAAUCACACCUCCUCAACUAAUACAACUAUUGGAGAUUAAUUACCCUCCACAUUUUGCACCUUUCCACACACUUAUCAGUUCAACCCCCCUCCAAAAUAAGAGAACUCACUAUACCAAAAUAUGUUAAAAUUCAUAUUUCAAGAUUACACAUUGCACUCGGUGUGUACAUACCACUAAGCCAAACCAUUGCUUUAUGUGAAUGAGCCAAUGUGUGGGUUCUUGGAGUGGUUGUGUCAGUCCUCCUUCAGUCCUCCUGCUGUUGACUGGGCUAACCUAUGGUCUGGCUCAGCUUUACAUCCAAACCCAAGUCUGAAGGUUGUCUCCUCCUCCUCCUACCAUGACUGAUAAACCAAGAAUGCAUCUUGGUCACAGUUUGGGGGGGUGUGUGGAGAGAGAUAAACCAUGAGCCAGGUGCAAACUAGAUCAUAGAAAGGCAUGCCUUAAGAUAAAAUAUGGAUUUUUGUGCAGAAUUUGUUGGGGGAGGGGAUUACAGAUUAUUGGAAUGAAAUGAAUUUAUGAAUGAACACAUAAAUAAUUGACACAGACCAGAAAUAGACUGAUCCAUUGCUCCAGAAAAUUUGGUCAUUAUUAUAUGACAUUUUGCUUGGUCCUAAUAAAGCUAUUUUCUUACUGUGCUUAAAUGAGUAGCUAUAAAUUUUGAUCAUAGGAGGACUCUAUAGAAGCUUAAAUAUACAGAAUUCAAGGAUCAUACAAAUUAUUCAGGUUUUUCCCCCCUAUCACAACCAACUACUCAGAGUCUUUUAUGCAAAAUUCAGCUCCUGCCCUAAUGGAACAACUACUGCUUCUAAUUAAUAUUUAUUUAGCACUAACUCGUGAAACCUAAGUAAUUUGGACAGGAUGUAGUUGAAGAGAGGGGGCAGGAUUUGAUAAAGGAGAAGCAGGAAUGAAGAGAGGGAGGUUGUGGUAUCUUACAUUGUGAAAAAUAAAUGAGGCUGGCUUUCUUGGAAGUCACGGUAGAAGAAAUAGGUUUUAAAAAGAGAAAGGUGGGAAACAAGAAUGGGUGAAUUUUGUGUUUUCUUAGUUUCUCUUCUUUUCCAGCCUUAAGGCCAUGCUUCCAUGUUUGCGUUAAAAAAAAAAAACCUUCACAAUAAUUUCUCAGCAUUUUAGAAAGAAUAUUUUGGUUUUGCUUCAUGUCAUUUCCUCAAAACGAUAAAACUGCAGAUGACUACCAACUGAUAGAAAAUACAAACCUAAAAUGCUUUAUUUCCAAAAGGAUAGAACGGAAACAGUGUGUGUGCGCACGCAAAAGAAAGGCAAACGGAAUGAAGAGUGUGUUUCUCGUUUCCGACAAGAGUGAGAAGGCUCCUGAGGGAAUAAGACAGGACAAACUGUAAAGUUUAGAAAACAAACAGUAGCAGAGCAUGGGUAAAUCAAAUGUAUUGCAAUAAAAUAACUGGUAAAAUAAACAUGGAUUUAAAGGAAACUAAAGCACACUGAAAAUGAUACUCAGUAGCCCUUGUAAACAAAAAUUUGACAGUUAUUUUGGUAUAAGUGAGGUUCCUACUCAAGUUCAGAGGAGGUAAAAGGCAUUAUGUGCCAGUAGAAGCACAUUGGUUCCUGCAGUAGCACAUUGAUGUGCAGGCAGGCUUUCUCUUCCCUUACCCCUCAGGCCCUCAGAACCAUGUUCCCUGCUGCCACAUCUUAUCUUAUGCAGGUGACAAUGCCAGGUUAAGGUGAGGUCUCACUUGCUCUAGGUAGGGCCAUUUUUUGUCCACAUAUUGUUGUUUAUAAACCUAAGAGAUGAGCUAGGAGCUAGUGGACUAAUGUGUCUUAGUGUUACCAACGCAUACCCUUUGAGAAUUAUGGAGGGAGGAUAUUUCUGCACAUGCUCAGUGGAGAGCUAAAGUGUUGCACGACCAUCAUUUUGGGCAGGGAAUCUAUAGUUAGAAAGAAAGAUGAUUUGAUCCUCACUGCAUUUAGGAGCUGGUGGUAAGGCAAGAGGGAUGCCUGGCUACCUCCUUUCUGUAACGCCACAAACUCCUACCACAAAGGUACCCAACGUGGUGCCCUCCAGAUGCUUUUGGACUACAAUUCCCAUCAUUCCUGGCCAUUCACCAACUUACAUGGGGCAGAUAGAAGCUGUAGUCUAGCAGUAUGUGGAGGGCACCUUGUUGGCUGCCCCUGCUCUCAGAGAAGGUCAGUAUUGAGAUUUCUGUUACCAGUUUGAAAAGAGUUGUGGAGUUCCUCAAAGUUCUAAGUUUCUUGUCUGGCUAUGUAAUUUUAAUUUAUUUUUUUAAAGGGCCUGGAAGUUUCCAUUUCCUUUAUGGAGCUGUUGGCAGCCAUUUUGAGAAGACAGCUUUGGAAUUGCUGCCACAGAGAACUUUUGGAACCGACAGCGAGUCCAGCAAAAGAGAUUCUGUGGCAACAGUCUGAGGCAGAAAACUUUAUAAAGACGAUAAUCUAAUAUUUUAUUUAUUUAUGAUGACAUUUCUGUAGAAUCCAUAUAUACACGUAUGAUCAAGGCAGGAUAUUGCUUGAUAUAUGAGCGUUACGUUUUGUUUGCCAUUGCACCAGUCCUUUUCUCUAGGUUCCUCAAGAGACCUUGAGUAAAGAAACUUGACUGAAAAUACAUAAAGACAGAGUAAAAUUUUCAAAAGGUUACAUCGGCGUACUAAUACUUGGUCCUACACAGGGCAGCAUCUUUUUGCUAGUUCUACUGUGGCUUUUCCAUUAUACUGUAAACAUUGAAACCAGACCAUUGUGUUAAUUUGUGUCAGUUCCCUCCAUGCAUGCAUCCAUAUUAAUUUGG